AUGGACGCUGAACAUAAAAAGUCGGAAAGUGAGGGUGAAGCCCGGGUCGAACCACAGGCUCACGCGGUCGAACCCGAACCCCUUUCAACCCUCGAGGAGAAAAAAGAUUACGAAGAAGAAGAAGAGGAGGAGGAAGAGGAAGAAGACAAAAUCGUUGAGAAGUCACACAAUGGACGUUUUCAUAAACGAAAUAAACGGUUUCCAAAACAAGUUGCAGGUGUCGACGACACCUUUAUCGCGAUCGAACCGAAAUCAGGGAAGGAAGUUAUUUGGAACGAGCGAAUACUUCCAGAGAAAAAAACGGAGCGUGAGAAUCGAUUUCUCGCAGUGGUUAAGAAACUAAAGCGUCAUGCUCAUCCUUUUCUUGUCCGAUUCUUGGAUGCCUGGAUCACCAAAGGUGAUUGCGGGCCACGAAAAAUCGUCUUUAUUACUGAACGGUUGGACGAAUGCACUCUGAAACAAUAUUUGUGCAAUGCCACAAGGACGAAACUUCUUUGGAGACGUCACAUCGGACAGCUUCUUUCUGUUGUCAUUUUUUUGCACCACCUUGGCGUCACACACGGCAAUCUGACAAAGGAGACUAUUUACUAUCAAAAUUCUGGUUGCCUCAAAGUGGGACCAUUCGUACUGGAUGGAUUCUUUGGUCAGAGAUCUCUGGCAACCGACAUUCUGGCUCUCGGUCUUGUUGCCCUUGAGAUUGCUGCUUGGACACCAGCUCUGGAUGCAGCUAAUCUACCAGCUGCCGAGAGGCUGCCACAGAUGUUGGACCGUCUACAAGAUCCCCACCAGCGAAAUUUCAUAGAAAUCUGCCUUGAUCCCAACCCUGCUAGCCGACCGCGGAUCAAGUUUCUCCUGAACCAUCCCUCGCUUGCAGAGGUGCCCACCUUGAAACUGCUCUCGGCCAAGGUUCUAGUCGGUACCACGCUUCUGUUUGCAGUGCGUGCGGCCGGCCCUGCCGAGGAGGCGGUAGCCACAGAGGCACCGGGCUUUGCAACUCUCCUCAAAGACAAUCUAAGCCACCUAGAAGACGAGACAGUGAUAGUGGAAACCACAUUUCCCCACGAUCAGGUCUCGCACUCACGUUCCUGGAAGGAUUUCCGUUCGAAUUUCACUCUCACUUCUAAGUUCUUGGAAGAUGUAAAAAAUGGGUUUUAUCCCUUCUUCGGCUAUCGUUUCGGCGGCGCUGCCGCAGAACAGGAUGACGACGAGGAGUCCUUGGCCGUCAUGCAGAGUGAGGCCACGGGACAGACACAGGCCUCUGUCUACCAGGGCAGUUCUGCGGCCCUGCACUCUGCCUCUUCUGGUGUAUCGAAUGUCCCGAGCGCCACCACUUCGCGGAAGCAGUCUUCAUCUCUAGUUACAAACGUCGAGGACGAGGUCUCCCUACCCGUCAGUCGAAAGAUCUCCAACAACGUUAUGCCAGAGACCAUUGAGGAGGGUGAGUGUUCUACAGCUUGUCUUGUCUUGCCAUGGCCAGACGGAUGGUAA